AACAGACCCUCCCUCUGCCCCCCCCACCUCCCCUCCCCGCUCGUCUUGGGUGGUCCCUCCUGAUGCAGAGGAAGAGAUGCGGCGCGCAGGGCGAGGGGAACCUGCAGCUUGUUUUGGCUUCUGAGCUCCCUAGGAAGUUUGAAAGAGUCUGAUCCUGCAAAGCUAGCGAGGAUGGAAGGGGGAAGAUGGACGGUUGACUUGGUCAGGCUGCCUCCUGCAUCCCUCCCCAAACCUGUUGAGCAUUCCCUCCCAGGACCCUCAGAGAGAUCUGGAAUCUGCAGCUCGUUUUCGCUUCUGAGCUCCUCAGGAAGAAUGAAAGAGUCUGAUUCUGCAAACCUAGCUAGAAUGGAAGGAGGAAGAUGGACGGUUGACUUGGUCAGGCUGCCUCCUGCAUCCCUCCCCAAAACUGUUGAGCAUUCCCUCCCAGGGCCCUCAGAGAGAUCUGCAGGUGGUGCAGACAAUCAACAGAACUCUGCAGAAUGUGGAAUGAGCUUUAUUGAUGGUGGAAACCUUACAAACCAUCAACAAACUCACACGGGGGAAAAACCAUUUCAGUGUAAUGAGUGUGGAAAGCGUUAUAGUAGUAAUGCCACUCUUAAACAACAUCAGCGAAUUCAUACAGGGGAAAAACAAUAUGAAUGUGUGGAGUGUGGUAAGUGUUUCAGUGCGAGUGGAAAACUUACAAGACAUCAACGGACUCACACAGGAGAGAAACCAUUUAAAUGUAUGGAGUGUGGAAAGAGCUUCAGUGAAAGUUGGACCCUUCAUACGCAUCAUCGAAGUCACACAGGGGAGAAACCAUUUAAAUGUAUGGAGUGUGGAAAGAGCUUUGGUCAGAGUUCCCACCUUACUUUACAUCAUUACACACACACAGGGGAGAAACAAUUUAAAUGUAUGGAGUGUAAAAAGAGCUUCCGUGACAGGGGAACACUUAGAAAACAUCAACUAAUUCACACAGGGGAAAAGCCAUUCACAUGUAUGGAGUGUGGAAAGAGCUUCCGUCAUAUUAGUUCACUUCGUGUACAUCAACGGACUCACACAGGGGAGAAACCAUUUGAAUGUCUAGAGUGUGGAAAGUGGUUCGGACGAAAGACACACCUCACUUCACAUCGGCGAACUCACACGGGGGAGAAACUAUUUAAAUGUUUGGAAUGUGGAAAGACUUCCACUGAUAGUCGAACACAUGCAGAACAUCAGCGAACACACACAGGAGAGAAACCACUUACAUGUAUGGAGUGUGGAAAGAGGUUCCGUCAUAGCAGCUCACUUACUUCACACCAGCUAACUCACACAGGGGUUAAACCAUUUAAAUGUAUGGAGUGUGGAAAGAGCUUUGGUCAGAGUACCCACCUUACUUCACAUCAGCAAACUCACACAGGGGUUAAACCAUUUAAAUGUAUGGAGUGUGGAAAGAGUUUCCGUCAGAGUGCACACCUUAACACACAUAAACGUACUCACACAGGGGUGAAAGACUUUAAAUGCUUGGAGUGUGGCAAGAGCUUCAGUCGACGUGAUAAACUUAGUGAACACCAGAGAACUCACACAGGGGAGAAACCAUUUAAAUGUAUGCAGUGUGGAAAGAGCUUCAGUCAAAGCGGAGCCCUUAGAAAUCACCAGCAAACUCACACAGGGGUGAAACAGUUUAAAUGCUUGCAGUGUGGGAAGAGCUACAGUCGACGUGAUAAACUUCGUAAACAUCAGAGAACUCACACAGGGGAGAAAAGUAUGGAGUGUGGAAAGAGUUUCCAUCAGAGUGCACAGCUUACUUUACAUAAACGUACUCACACAGGGGAGAAACCCUUUAAAUGUAUGGAGUGUGGAAAGAGCUUCAUUUGGAAGAAUCAGCUUAAUUCUCAUCAACGAACUCACACAGGGGAGAAACCCUUUAAAUGUAUGGAGUGUGGAAAGAGGUUCAGCGAAAGUUCCUCCCUUAAUAUUCAUCAUCGAACCCACACAGGGGAGAAACCGUUUAAAUGUAUGGAGUGUGGAAAGAGUUUCCGUCGGAGGACACACCUUACUUUACAUAAACAUACUCACACAGGGGUGAAACUUUAAAUGCUUGGAGUGUGGAAAGAGCUUCAGUCAACGUGGGAAACUUAGUGAACAUUCACUCGAUGUUCAUUCUUUUACAUAGAAUUCUAGAAUGCUAGGGUUCAGCCUUUUUGGAUGGGGCAGUGUGGAAACACAUUCACUUUAUUUUGUUUACUUCUCUGGAACAAAUGAACCUCAAAGGCAGACUGGCAUCACAAUCCACCAAGAGGUUCAAUGCUGUCAAUUGUGGACUGAAUCAGGACCAUGGAUGUUUUUCACAAUAUGUGGGUUAAUCAGAUUCCCAGUGCCAACUACAGUGGUACCUUGGUUUAAGAGCAGCUUAGUUUAUGGGCAACUUAGUUUAUGAACAACUUGGAAUAAGAAUGCUACAAACCUGUAAGUAGGUGUUUGGGUUUGUGAACUUUGCCUUGGAAACAGAACAUGUUCUGCUUCCUGUUGAGUGUGUUCUGUUUGUAAAUUGAGUCCCCCACUGCUAAUCAGAGGCUUCCUGUUGAGUCUGUCGGCUGUUGAGUCCGGAGCACCCACCCAACACAGAGGUGAUACUUGGAGCUUUUGUCUUUGCUAUUUUUUUGUUUGUGUGGCUUUUUCUUUUAUUUUUACCGUGUCUUGUUCAUUGUUUUAUGGUACUGACUUUUGACUGUGGCUUGUGACUUCGUUUUUGUGACUUCGUUUUUCUGACUGUGUGGAACCCAGUUCAGCUACUGGUUGAUUGUGUGACAGCAGAAAUGGAUAAAAGCCCCCCCCCAUACAAACAAUUACUAUCAUCAGUACACAUAAGGAAAAAAAAUAAUUUUGAGUUUUAUCAUCUACAAUACUGCCUUAUAUAUUUUAUUUUAUUGUACAGUACAUUGAUUAUU